CGUUUCACCAAAGCCAGUGCGAGAUUUUGAAUUUGUUAUCAUUCUACUGCUAGACUCGAACUCAUUCCGAGUCAAUAUACUUAAGUUAAUUCAAUUCAACAACCAAAAUUUAUCUUUAUCCAACUUUCUUUUCGACUUGGACGUCAUACGAUACCUCCUUUCAUCACUAGCCUCUAGAAAAUAUAUUCUUCCCUCAACAUACUUCGCUCUGCGCGAAGUAUUAAGAAGUACACGUUGACCUUCAAUCAUGGUCAGGCCCCAGGCCUGUGGCGAAGCCGUGAAUAAUAUAUUCAUCUUCGCAGCAUUCUUAUGUGUUUUACCAUGGUUAGUCGAAGCUCAGCAGCAGCCGCGAUCAGCUCUAAGGCAACAUGAAUUCCCACUUGAAGCAAUCACUUCUGAGGGAAUGCGGACUCUUCUCGAAGCAACCAAGGUAAAAACCAUCGAGACUCCUUUGAACAUUCCACGAAGAAAGAAUACUUUGAGCGUAAACGCCGGAAUUCACGAAAAAGUCGAUGCGAGCGCCGAUUCAGCACCAUUAGCUCCUUCACAUCUUGCACAGUCCAGUAGACUCGAGUCUAGCAGCCUCCAGUCAACCGGAUGGGGUUCUUCGCAGCCGAGUGCGCGGGAUCUCCAAGAAUGGGAAGUAGAAGAUUUUGUGCUACUGGCGACCGUUGACGGAAGUGUGUGGGCACGCGAUAGGAAAACGGGUAAACAGAAAUGGCGGAUGGGUGAGUAGUCCGAACAAAGUCAUAUUGUUACUUGCUUUACUCCUUGCCAUGAAAAGAGUCACGAAUGCUGAUGGAUGACCAUAGAAUUACCUGAAGUCUCGAUGAUUUCAACCAAACACCACAAAAAAAACAAAUCUGCUGAUUUCAAUGACGUUCCCACGUCAAAAUGGGGUAUUGACGAUUACGUCUGGAUUGUGGAACCCACUGAACAUGGUGGUUUAUGGAUAUAUCGACCGGAUGUUCCGAACGGCGGCUUGGUCGACACUGGCCUAACAAUGAAGAAAUUAGUUGAUGACAUGUCACCUUACCAAAGUGACGACCCCGAGGUCGUAUACACCGGUUCAAGGAAGACCCAGAUGGUGCAGGUCGAUGCCACCAAUGGAAAAAUAUUGCAGGUCUUUGGAGGAGAUUACAUCGUCGAUACAAAGGAUCAAAGCUGUAGUCCGAAAAAUGGAUUUGUGGGCAGAGAAGCCGACGAAUGCCAAAACCCUACGAUUUGGCUGGGAUUGUCAAGGUACGAAGUAAAUAUCGUAGGCAAGGAUCACCAUCCAAUUGCUACAUUGAUGUACAACGAAUGGGGUCCUAAUGUUCAAGAUGCAAAAAAAUACGGAGACAAAUAUCACCAAACCCUCGAUAGCAAAUAUAUCCUAGCUGGUCAAGAUGGCCGCGUAAUGGGGUUCGAUCGUGAACGGAACAGGGAGCACGAACUACUGUUCCAACAGAAGCUUCCUUCAGCUGUCGUCAGAGUUUUUGAUAUUUUCCGACCCUGGGGCAUUGAGGAGAAGAAUCUGAAGUUGAUGAUGCUUCCACAACCUAAGCCCGAGCUGAGAGCUGAGAAUGAAGUGCCAGGAUUGGAUCAGAAUCGAAACCGAGUUGCCAUUAACCUUUCUAAAGAUGGAAGUCUCUAUGCUAUGUCUGGGAAAUCAUAUCCUCUAGCCGUAGCAGGUGAUGAAGCCCAAAUCUACCAACGCGGAUUGUGGGAACGCAAGGAUUAUUGGCAAAGAAUGGAUCAGCCCGAACUGGCCGAAGCUUUGACCGGUGUCCAUUUCCUUGAUAUGCAGACGGAGCCUCUUCGGACCAUAUCUGCUCCCUUAUUCGAAGAUGUUAAUCAAAGCAAACUGACUGUCACAGACCUCGCCCCAGAAAUUCUCGCUGGGCCGACUCUGUUACAAAGCUUCCAGCAAAUUCCAAAGUUAGCGAUUGACAGUGUUGUUGAAUUCAUCAAAAAUCCUGUUCUUAUCCUUUUUUUGAUGAUACUACUUAUCUCAAACCAAAGGCAAAUACGAGCUUGGAUUGGCCGCCAUGGAUUUCGCCAUAAAAAGAUAUUUGUUUUGCACAAAGAUCGAUCUACAACCAAGGAGAUGCCAGCAAUCCAUAACUCAAAUGACGAUUCCACAAAUAUUAGCAGUCAUGAGGCGGCCCGUUUACCAGAAAUUCCGGAAGAUAAAGCUCUUGAUGCCCUUCCUCCUGAUGCUAAGGAUUCCACAUCUCUCCCCGACGCCCCUGGAGUCACUGCCGCAGCUGUACCACUCGAAGGUGCUGCUGUGAAUGACGCUGGCUCCUCCUCGGACGUUGCGCAAGAUGUCGGCGAUGCUGCUUCGCCAGCAAAGAAAAAACCAAGAAAGCGAGGACAACGUGGUGGAGUCAAACACAGAAAAGCAGGCAGAAGUACAGGCCACACCGGAAGUGAUCAAGAAAGUUCUCAGAAUCCGCCCUUGCAGAAACCACCUCCAACUAUUGAGGAUGCUGUGCACAACGCGCAAAAUAUGUUUCCACCGAGAACACUUGAGCCAGAUAUUCAAACUGUGUCUAAUGAUCCUUCAGAAGUUUCUGGUUCCAAAAUUCGUAUCGGGGCAUUGGAGGUGGACCAAAAUAGACUAGUUGGGACGGGUAGCAACGGUACCAUGGUCUUCGAAGGAAAGUUCGAUGGCCGUGCUGUUGCUGUUAAGAGGAUGCUCAUUCAAUUCUAUGACAUCGCGUCUCAGGAGACUAAGCUAUUACGAGAGAGUGAUGAUCAUCCAAAUGGUAAGGCAUACAAUGACCCUGUUACUUAUCACACUUUAACGUUAAAUCAGUUAUUCGAUACUUCGCGCAACAGAACGCUGGUGGAUUUCUUUAUAUCGCCCUGGAGUUAUGUCCGGCAUCGUUAGCUGAUGUCAUUGAGAAGCCACAUUUACACAGAGACUUAGCGCAAGGUGGUGAAAAGGAUCUGCCCAACGUACUCUACCAAAUUGCCAACGGCAUCCAGCAUCUUCACAACCUCCGUAUCGUCCAUCGUGAUCUAAAGCCCCAGAAUAUUUUAGUUGCGAUGGGUAAGAACGGUAAACCCAGACUACUCGUUUCGGACUUUGGGCUAUGCAAGAAAUUAGAAGUCGAGCAGUCAUCUUUCAGGGCUACUACUGCUCAUGCAGCCGGUACAUCUGGCUGGCGAGCACCAGAACUCCUUCUUGAUGAUGAUAUAAAACAAGGCUCUAUGGUCGAUACAAGUACAGAUGGUGGCGGAUCGGGCUCUAUCCUCGUCAGCUCGGAUAUGCUACCCAAUCGCAGAGCCACACGUGCUAUCGACAUAUUUUCUCUUGGAUUGGUCUUCUUCUACGUUUUAACUAAAGGUAGCCAUCCUUUCGAUUGUGGUGAUCGAUAUAUGCGAGAAGUGAAUAUUCGCAAAGACAAUUUCGAUUUGGGUCUUUUGGAAAUCCUUGGAGAUUAUGCCUUUGAGGCUAAAGACCUAAUCAGCUCCAUGCUUGGUAAAGAGCCAAAAUCUCGUCCAGUAGCAGCACAAGUUAUGGCGCAUCCCUUUUUCUGGUCAGCCAAAAAGCGACUGAACUUCCUUUGUGAUGUCUCUGACCACUUUGAAAAAGAAAAGCGGGAUCCUCCCAGUCCUGCCCUUCUGGAACUUGAGAGGUGGGCUGGUGAUAUCUGUCACGGUGACUUCCUUAAGCCGCUUGGGAAAGAGUUCGUGGAUUCAAUGGGCAAACAGAGGAAGUAUACCGGCACUCGGCUUUUGGACCUCCUAAGAGCUUUGCGGAACAAGAAGAAUCACUACGAGGACAUGCCGGACAAGUUGAAGAAGGAUGUGGGUCCUUUACCUGAUGGUUAUCUCAGUUUUUGGACUAGGAAAUUCCCUAACCUGCUAAUCGUUUGUUGGAAUGUUGUGUAUGAAGUGGAAUGGGAUCAGGUGGAUCGUUUCAAGGAAUAUUAUCAACCGGCUGGCCUUUAAGCUGGCCAUGGUUUUGGUGUGGUUGUAUCAUUACGCAUGGCGCAAAUGGCUAUAAAAUGGCGAUAAAAUGGCUUAGGAUACCCUCUCUUUUUGGAAAACGGAUCGUGAUCAAUACCAAAAGGAAAAUUGGGGUUUGUCCUGAAGCAUAGUACUGGGUGGUGAUUUGUGAAGGGUAAUAGCAGUGAUCAAUAAAUACUUGUUAGAAUUGAAUCCAUUUAUUUACUCAUUCAUUCCAAUGAUACUUCAGCAUGGGCACUG